AUGCUAGAAGUCACGUGUAAUGAUCGUUUGGGUAAAAAAGUCAGGGUAAAGUGUAACCCAGAUGAUACGGUUGGUGAUUUAAAGAAGUUGAUAGCAGCUCAAACUGGAACAAGAUACGACAAAAUAGUUUUGAAGAAAUGGUACACCGUAUUCAAGGACCACAUAAAGCUAUCUGAUUAUGAAAUUCAUGAUGGGAUGAACUUGGAGUUAUAUUAUCAA